AACCCCAGACCCUUGAGAUGGCCAGAACCAGAACCAGAGCCCAGAAGAAUCAUGGAACCAUAAAACUCACGAUACAAAAGAAGGCGUCUCUCGUUCACUGCGCGAUCUGUGAUGUCUCCGCCAUGAAUGCAAAUUCGAAGAGCUUCCAGGGUACCAUCUCAUUCUGAGAUACCCUUUUUUUUGUCUUUCGAAAUGGAAGAUGAAAUACAGAAGCGUAACACUGACUGCGUUUACUUCUUGGCCUCUCCUCUCACCUGCAAGAAGGGGAUUGAGUGUGAGUAUCGGCAUAGUGAUAUUGCAAGGCUCAAUCCGAGGGAUUGCUGGUACUGGUUGAAUGGGAAUUGCCUCAACCCAACCUGUGCUUUUCGACAUCCGCCAUUAGAAGCACAUACUGAAGCUUUAUCAGACCCUACUGCCCCGCUGAAUCAGUCAUCUGCGCCGGUAAACAUGACCAGUGUCCCCUGUUAUUUUUAUUUCAGUGGGUAUUGUAACAAAGGCGACAGAUGCUCUUUCUUGCAUGGUCCUCCCAAUGGUGCUAAUUCUGGUUCUAAAUCUACAAAAACCACUGGUGUGGUCACUGAUGUCCAUCAUAUUGAAACGAAGACAUCCACAGGAAGUGGUGCUGGUCCAGCAUCAGUAGCAGCCCUUCCUAAUCCAUCUGAAAUCAAUUCUAAGCCUGUUUUGAGCAUAAAGUCUGGGCGCGAUAACCAAGAAUCAGUUCCUAAUAUAGUUGUGGAGCAAAGCCCAUCCCCCGAGAUAUCUGUGCCUGAGUUUGAAGAGGCAAGGAUUAAGUCAGAAAUCCCAGUUCCUGCAGAAGAUUCUAUUGAAGGUAGGUCCCCUUCAUGUCAAGAACAGAGUUCUGAGGAGCAUGCAGCUGCUGGUUCCAUUGUGCCAGAAGAGUGGUGGGAAUCAUCACCUGGAUUUGAUGUACUCGUGGAUGAUGGAUCAGAGAAUUUGGGCUACGAGGAUGAUCCUGAGUACUUAAUUGCCCAUGAUAGGGAUGCAAGGGAGCUGCAUAACCAUUUGCUCCAGUAUGAAUAUGAAGAUCCAGCUGCUUAUGAUCCCAUGGAAUACACAGAUGCAGGAAAUUUGUACAAACAUGGUCAUUAUGAAUCAUAUGAACAUUUGGAGGAUGACCCUAUCUCUGAUUAUAUCCGUAGAGGCUCUGACCACUCGAGGGAGAGGAUGGUAGAUCCUAUAUUGUUCCAGAAGAGGAAAUUCUUGCCUAGGGAUCCUGAAAUUGAUGGGAAGAAUAGUGUGGAUCUUAGAGACCGCCUGAGGAAACGCAGGAGGAUGGAUGAUCGUCUGAUUUCCAGAAACCCAAGAAGGCAUGGCUCGUCUCACCUGAAUGAUCGGAUGAGGGAACGGCCUGGAAGGCAUGGAAUGGGUGAUCCUCUUCAUGGAAGACUGGCAUCAGAAGUGGGAAAGAACAUGAUAGGUUCACAUGGUGAUAAGAUUGCUGGGCCAAACGACCACCACAGAGGUAGCGGGUUUAGGCAUUCGCAGCCAAGGCAUAGCAGGUCCAGGCAAAGAGAGAGAGAAAAAAGAAGGCAGGGAAGGCCAGAGUUUAUUCCCUCCGAGGUUUUGAGGGGCACAGCUCCUAGGGACAGGAGACAUAUGCAUGAUUCUUCUGAGUUUAGUGGACCAAAAACCCUUGACCAAAUCAAAGAAGAAAAGAGAAAAGCGAGGGAGAACAAAAAUGGCUUUGGGAGCACAGCGCGUUCAAAUAGAAGCACAUCUGUGGACUUCCAGGGCCCUAAACCUCUAAGUGAAAUCCUCAAGGACAAAGGGAAGUUGUGGUCAGUAGACAAUGAGAAUGCCAGAAGCAGGUCAAAGCAUGGCAAUGGUGAGUCCGGGAAGAGGUAUGAUUAUAUAAACAAAGACGAUAACUAUGUAGACGAGGAUGAUGAAGAUGAUGAUGGCCUUGAGAAGAAGUUUGCCACCAUAUUCUCUUUUAGAUUUACAACUUUUACUGAGAACAUUACAUCACCAUUGGGAACUCCUCAUUUUGUGUACAGUGCAGUUGCCAUUUUGAAGUUGGAUUUUUCGGAUUUCGAAAGCGGCGGAUUGAAUUUGGGAAGAGCAACAAUGGCUGCUGCUGCUGCUUCGAGCUCCGCUUCUGCUUCUUCACUCGGGAGUCUGACGGUGACCCGACUCAGUGAACGCUUCUUGGUGACCCAACCCAGAACGUACCUGACUCUCCCACGCCUCCCUUUCCCUCGUUCCGUUCUCGUUUUCUCCCGACGUCGAAACGAUGGCUCCGUGGUAACAUCUUCGAAGAAGAAGAAGAAGAAGAAGAAAAACAACGACAACAAGAAGAAGCAGUGUUUGCCUCAAAGUGAUGAUCUGGAGGAGGAGGAUGCUAUCGAGGCUCUUUUUCGUCAGCUGGAAGAUGAUCUUAAAAAUGAUGACCCAUCUAUGGACGAUAGUGACGAGGAGAUAAGUGAGGAAGACCUAGCUAGGCUUGAACGUGAAUUGGAAGAGGCACUUGGUGAAGAGGAUGAAUUAUCAGUGAUGCUUGACUUGGCUGAGGACCAAAUAACAGGUCAUGAUGAUGUUGACAAGGAGGAAGAUGAGGAGGAAGAUUUGGAGGACGAGGAGGAAGAUGAAGAUGAAGAGGAAGAGGACGAAAAACCAUUGAAGCUUAAAAAUUGGCAGCUUCGACGAUUGGCUUCUGCUUUAAAGAUUGGUCGACGUAAAACUAGUAUUAAAAGUCUUGCGGCUGAGCUAUGUCUUGAUAGGGCAGUGGUCCUUGAAUUGCUUCGUGAGCCCCCUCCAAACCUCGUAUUGAUGUCUGCUGCUUUACCUGAUAAAGUUGCAACAGCAAUUUCAGAGCCUGUAAUUAAAAGCAUGGAGUCUUCUCCUGUAGAAGAGAAGGUUGAUGUUGUAAAGCCCGAGACCAAGGUGAGAGAACCAGUACAUGUAAUGCAAAGUAGAUGGUCCACUCAGAAGAGACUGAAGAAAGUGCAUGUUGAAACCUUUGAAAGAGUUUAUAGACGCACAAAACGUCCAUCUAACACAAUGAUCAGCAGCAUAGUUCAUGUGACUAAUUUACCACGGAAAAGAGUGCUGAAAUGGUUUGAAGACAAGCGCACAGAAGAAGGGGUCCCUGAUCACCACCUCCCGUACCAGCGGUCUGCUCCUGAAACUGUCUUUAGCAGUUAAAUUGAUCUGUAAAAGCUGGUUUGAAUGUAUUUAAAUAUGAUUUCCUUUUUAUAUUCUAUAGAGUAUUUUGUGUUCA